CCCCGCGCCGCCCGAGCGGGCUGUAGCGGGGCGGGGGGCGGAGGAAAAAGGGGGGCGAUGCCCCGCGCCGAGCCCAGCCCGCCGCUGUGCUGACCCGGCGGGGCUGGCCGGAGGCUGGAGAGCGGGACAUGGUGCUGGAGCCCCCCGUGAGGCUCCCCGGGUGGCCAAGGGGCGGCUGCUGAGGAGCUGGAGCGCGGCGGCGGAGCGAGGCCACGGUGAGGGAGCCCCGAGGAUCCGGCUGGGGAACCAUGGGGAGAUGCAACGGGCGAUGCACGCUGGUGGGAUUCUGCUGCCUGCAGCUGGUGGCAGCGCUGGAGCGGCAGAUCUUUGAUUUCCUGGGAUAUCAGUGGGCCCCCAUCCUGGCCAACUUCUUACACAUCAUGGCCGUGAUUUUGGGCAUUUUUGGGACCAUCCAGUACAGAUCCAGAUACCUCAUGAUGUACGCCGUGUGGUUGGUGCUGUGGGUCGGCUGGAACGCCUUCAUCAUCUGCUUCUACCUGGAGGUCGGGCGCUUGUCGCAGGACCGAGAUUUCAUCAUGACCUUCAACACGUCCCUGCACCGCUCGUGGUGGAUGGAGAACGGCCCGGGCUGCCUGGUGACGCCGGUGCUCAACUCGCGGCUGGCGCCCGAGGAUCACCACGUUAUCACGGUCAGCGGCUGCCUGCUGGACUAUCAGUACAUCGAGGUGCUGAGCAGCGCCACGCAGAUCUUCCUGGCGGUAAGRGCGCCUGUGCCCGCCCURCACGCUGCACUGGACGGGCACUCCCAGAACCCCUGUGUAGCACCAGAACCCCCGGGUACCCCCAGAACCCCCAAGCCCGUGUCGCCUCCCCGCCGGCGCCGAGCCUUCAUCACCGAGUCCGAGCCGCUGUCGUUCGGAAUCGCCGGCGCGGCCGUAGCCAGGAAGGGCAGGGAGAAAAACGAGCUGAUUUUCUUCCCUCGCAACCCCGGCGAAGAAACGGCGGAGGAGCAACAAAGGAUUAAUUUAACCUCCCACAGCCGCCCGAGCCCGGCGAGCCGCAGAUGGUGCGGAGUAAAAAAGCCGCUUUCACGACCUCCGACAAAGACAUAG